AUGGGUAAAAUCCCUACUGUGAUGGCGCUUAGAAGCAGGAAUAUUCAGAUUGAGGAUCCCUCGUGCACGCUUUGUCAUUACGGGGAUGAGACAGUCGAUCACCUUUUUACGUCUUGCUCGUUGGCGGUCAGAUUAUGGUCGUUAAUUAGGUACUGGUGCAACACUCCUAUCUUCUUGGUUUUCUCCUUUAGAGACCUGCUGGAGUGGCAUAACCAUUUGGGGAAGUCGGGUCGGGCUAAAGAGGCGAUUAAAGGCAUUAUUAUCGUGGCUUGUUGGAGCUUAUGGAAUGCUAGGAACGAAAAGAGGUUCUUGAACUUAUCGGCUAGAGUUGAAAACUUUUUUAGUCAAGUCAAAGCUGUCAGUUUCCUGUGGUUCGUUAAUAGAUCGAGUCACAAAGAUGUUACGUGGGAUGAUUGGUGUAAAUUUGUGAAUAUGUAG